UACAUAGGUACAUAUACUUACUUCUACUGGUACCUACCUACUUACCUACAUACCUCCUACUUAGAGAGGCAUGUGGUGCAUUGAGACUGAUAAACAACAUCGUGAGCCUUCACCGCAUCCCAAAACGGCGACAAGGACAGGUCCCUUGACGUCGGCAUCCAAUCACCUACCUACUUCAGCAUCCUGUUCCAGCCUAAGCAGCGAAUACAUAAGCGUCUAUUUUCGUGACGUGAUCGUUGCCCAUCCUGACUGGCCCAGCUGGUUGAAACCGGAGUGUCAAAUGAGUCGUCCGAGUAUAGGUCGUCCAUACGGUCAUAUUUAUCGUGUGCUUACAUCACCACGAGGUCAUCUUCCCGUCAGCAAAGAUAAAGCGCACCCGUGAGCACGUAGCGCCAUGCAUUUUACCAAACCCUUUAAAUCGUCUCCCUACAGCAUCUCGAGUCCGGACGGAAACUAUGUGGCUACCUUACUACCAGCUAGCAUCAUCGUCCGAUCAGUCUCAUCGUUGGGCACCAUUCAGACCAUCAAGUUGGCGUUGGAUGCCUAUGGUGGUGUGACGAGUUUUGCGUGGUCGCCGUCGUCCACGAGACUUUUAGUGGCCCUCACCGACCAGUUCCAUGUAUUCUCUGCACUGAGCGGCGAUUUUCACGGUCUUGUGCAGAUUCCGCAGCCACCGGGCACCAAGCCGGCCAUUGCCAGCUUUGGUGCAACUGAUGAUGAAGUCUGCGUCUUUUCCCCGGUUGGCAUUAAGCUGUCUAUAUUCAACAUCGUGUCGUCUAAGGCAGUGGAAAUCAGUAAUCCCAAGUUCUUCGGCAUUGUGGCUGCAUCGAAGGGAUAUUCUUUUCGGCCAAACACACGCCAUAUGGCCUUGCUAACGAGGUCUGCCGGCAAAGACAUGGUUAGUAUUUAUUCUGUAAAUACUCGCGAACUUCUGCGAUCUUGGUGCCCGGAAACCGUCGAUGCUCAGGGCUUGUCGUGGACGCCAGAUGGGAGAUGGUUGGUAGUGUGGGAUUCCCCGGCCCAUGGCACCAGGGUCCUUUUCUGUACUCAUGAUGGCCACGUCUACAAAGACUGGCGUGGCGACCUUUCGCAUUCUGCAUUGGACGAUGACAUGGGUCAAUACGCACCCGGUGUCAGGACUCUUGCCUUUAGUCCAAACGGACGGUACACAGCAGUAGCCGACGGGUCCAAUCGUAUCUCCAUACUCAAUGAUCGAUUGGUGGAGGAGGUGCGGCUCCAUCAUGCGUCGACCGUUGAGAUUAUAGAGACACUGCAAAUCUGGCAAGAACAGAUUGAACUACGGGCUGGGCAACGGGCUUUUCCGUCCUUCGUUAGAGCCACGCAAGCCGUGAGCCCACCAGGCCUGUUACCAAACAGUAUCUCAGACACCCGACAUGGUUGCAAUCUUGCCAAAUUCGAUUCUUCUUCCUCUCUCUUGGCGUCGCGUCUCGAGAAUGCACCAAGCACCAUAUGGAUAUGGGACGUUCCUACAUCCGAACUUCGAGCGGUAUUGAUGUACCACGCGAACGUCUCCAAAGUGGAGUGGCAUCCUUCAAAACCGGAGCUAUUGCUCAUGAGGUGUGAAGGUGAAGCCUACAGCGGUCUCGCGUUUUUCUGGGAUCCCCUCAGCAACGGUCCGUGUCCGAUUGAUUUUUCGCGCCACUUACCAAGCGCAAAGGUUACUGGUCGCACAGAUGCCAUAUGGCUGGAGACUAUUACAGAUGCUGCAGCUAUAUUUUUCACCGAUAAUACAAAAUACAUCCUUGCUUCUCUCGCAGACACCGAGCUUGGCGCAGAAACAGCUCUACCAUGGACAACGCAGACUGCUGUCGAUUCACACGUGAAGUCGGCCACUUCAAGAGGUUUCGACGUUUCAAAUAACAGCUCAGAUGAUAUCGACAACACCGACAUAGAUGAGACGAUAACCGAGCUGGAUGAUACAUUCCACUUUAAGAAGUCACCUAUGCCAUGAUAGGUACUGUCAUGGCAACCGUGCUGGGCUGGCUCCCCUUGCUCGUGUUGGAAUUCUGUCACAUUUCAGAAAAAUGAGAUGUCAAAUUUUGGCUCAGGAUUUUUUUGGGCGCUCUGUCUGACCACCACCCAUGGUUGCAUCUCGUCACACUCUAGGCAUUGUCGAUACUCCUUCAU